GCGGCGGCGAUGGUGCGCGUCCAGAUUAGCAAGAACAAUGGGUUCCUCGAAUACAAAGAAGCCGAGGUCGACAUCCCAACGGAAGAAGAGGGCAAGCUGUCCAUUGAGGACGUGAAGCUCCGGUGGGCGCAUGCCAUCUACGCCGAGGAAGACUUGUUCACGCUAGAAGGGCCGCACGAAAUCAAGCUGUAUCACAUGCCAUUGGGACACGACGUGGACUUGCUUAAGCCAAGCCAGCUGCAUGAAUGGAUAUCCACUCCGUCGUCUCAAUGGGUCCUCGAUAUCUUUGCCCGUCCUCUGAUCACGUCGUCCAUCGGCGGCGCCAUCAACAUCGACACCACGACGACCGACAGUCCCCGCCUCGUCAUCACGCGAGCCAAUGCAACUCCCAAAGUCGCCGCGCGUGCCACAGCCCGACAUCCGUUCUCCCGUCGCGACCCCCAUUGGCAUGUGGGCACAUGGGUUCCUCAGCUCAACACAUCUCUCACCACCCCCCGUCGCGACAGCAACACGAGCACUGGUAGCGCCACGUCGUUCAUCGGCGGCAUCAUGGGCACGCGCGGCCACCUGCAGACCGAGUACGAGGACAUUUUGCAGACGACAUUUCGUGCGCAGGAAACGUUGCGCAAGUUUGCCAGCAUCGGCAAGCCCGUGACCACCCACAGCAUCCAAACCACGCUGCUCCCUCUGGCCAUGGCAUGUCCCAGCGCAAUCUCGCGGCAUGGCCCGAACGUGCUCUACCAAGGCGUGUACAACCUCGUGGAUGCUGAGCUCCAGCGAGGCUUUGUGCAAGCUGUGCGUAUUUGGUUUAGCUUUGACAACGAGCACACGGUCGAGGUUAACAACCCACCCACCAUCCUCCUCCGCCUCACCAUCGGCAUGCAGGUGGCCAAACGAGAUGGAAGCUUGGGGCUGAAGCCCGUGCGCCAACAAGAUGGAUGGAUCGUCGUGCAGGCGGUGCCUGGCUCCCCGUGUGCCCUCGCCGGCAUGCCGGACGACGAAGUGUUUCUCACGCAUGUGAAUGGCGUGGACGUGUCGCCGCCGCAGUGUCCCGCCAGUGCCGACAAGGCGCGGCAGUCCAAUGGCAACGUCAGCUGGGCGGGCAACGUCGUGCCGCUCGUCGAGCCCUGCGACGUGUGCGUGUUUACGUACUUUUAAGGACAGAAUGCCGAAUAUGGG